CACACAACUGGCGUAGGUACGGUAUCUAAAGACCCGAAUUACAUUAGGCUUCCAAGCUGAGUCGCCAUGCAUAAGCCACUAUUGAUGACCGUGUGUAAACUGGAGUAAACUGGAAGUUCAGAAAUGGUGGCCGGUCUGGCAAAACCUUAGACAACAUCUAAAUGCCAAAAACCAUCUAAACCAAGCCAACAUCUAAUGCCAAAUCCACACAUCUUGACGUCACGCAUUGUAUAGAAAUUAUAGAAAACUUUUUUGAGUUUGUUGUGUAAGUGUUUGUGGUGUUUAACUUACAUUGUUGUUAUUUUUAUAGCUUGGUUGUGACGUUCAAGAUGGGUGGAUUUGGCAGUAGAUGUUGGCUUCAGAGGCUAGACUUCCCAGCGUUUCUAUUCUAUAAUACUGGUCUAAGGGCAAAACAAGUGAAACAAUACAGUCGUCAUAAUCUGGUGUCCCGGGCUCCCGGCCGCCAGAAACUAGUGUCUUGGCUAGAAACUUUUGCAUCAUAUAUUCUAAUUAUUAUCAACUCGAAGAAACAUUAAUAAGAGGGAGUAUCUGAUUGUCAAAAAUUUCUAUUCAGAUAACUAAGCAAUGGAAAUUCCAACCAGCAAUGGAGAAUUAAUAAAUCUUUGUGAUGACAGCAAGCAGAGUGACGCUGAUGUAAAUUUGAACGAAGAAAAUGACCUGGUUAAGGUAUCUUUCAUUGAUGUCGAUGAUAUGUAUCCGACAGAUUGCGAUCUCAGAUGUCGCUAUUCCUUCAAAACUGCAUUCGUACACCCAAAUCCAGGAGAUAGAAUAGCAAUAUUCAAAGUUGGAUGGAAGCAUGUUACAGAAUACUAUCUUUUCAAGAUGGUUAAAGUGCCAGCUGAAGAACACGUGCUUGCCUGUCAACGAAUAUGUUUCUCCGCUCCAGUCCUGCCAAAGAAUGUGAAGGAUCUCUACCAACUUUGUUAUCUAACACAUGAUAAUCUGGUGCUCGGAGCUAGCCCACCCUUCAGCUUCUAUAACGCGUCCGCUCAGGAACUGGUGUGUGUUGAAGACAAAGCCUGCCAAGAGGUCAUGAUCUACAAAUCUCGUUUGUCUGUGCUCCAUGAUCGUGUUGGAAGAGUUGAAGAUGAAAAAGAGCUGUCGGACUUGAAAGCGUAUGCGUUUGGCUCUCGCCUGAAGCAAGUAGAGCAGGAGCUGGCCUCCUCAAGAAAAGAGAUUCAGGCCAUCUCGUCUUGGUCUGCUUCAACGCAGGAAGAACUAGAGAAACAGAAGAGAGCAAACUUAGAGCUAUCCAAACUGCUUAAUGAAGAGCAUGGCAGUUGUGGCACUAAACUUACUGAAUUAGAAAAACAAUUAGCAAUCAAGACUGAAAAGCUUGAAGCACUUGAAGAACAGCUGUGCAAGGAAGAUGAAGAGAAGAAAAGACUUAAUUCUGGAAUAGACACUUUGACUGCAAAGUGUAUCGAGAAUGAGAAUCUUCUAAAAGAAUUGAACCAAUACAAUGAGACUCUCAAGAAAGAGCUAGAUGCAACAAAAUUGGAAAUGGCAUCGUCUUUGGAGGAUCGUCAACAUCAAACAGAAAAAGAGAAUUACCUUCUUGAAGCCAAUUUUCGACUUGAGAAAGAUAAUACAAAGCUGGUCGAUAUGCUGGCAGACCUUGGAAUCCCAGACUGGUUACCGAGUGGAUUAAAUGCUGAUAAGACUCCGGCACUCGACGGGUGUGGCUCGCAAACUUCAACUGCAGACUCCAGUGAAUGUGCAGUGAACACCAAGGAUAUUCAAGGAUUAGUUGAUGAUUCAAUGCUGAAUAAGCAAUUAUUGGAAAAGUGUCAGGAAGAGAUAAAGAGUCAUGAAAACGAAAAAAUGGACUUGAAAACUAGGGUUGAGGUACUGGAGAGUGAACGUGACAUGGAAAAAGAAGGCUUGAUGAAGCUUGUGUCCGAUCUGCGCUCAGCCCUUCUAAAGAUGCCAGGAUUGGAAGAACAAUGGAAACUACUACUGGAGUCUGCCCGUGUAUUGGCAAGCAGAAAUUUCAAAUCAGUGAUCGAUGGCAUGACAUUGGGAGAUGAGUAUCCAAGCACAGAGGCGCGCAACUUGAUAGACAGUCUUUGCAUAACUGCUCAAUGUUACGAUUCGCUGCUCGUAGACCAUAGAAUCAAGUCGAAGGAGCUCGAAAAACUCACUGAUCUCUAUAAAAAACUCGAGGAGAAUAAUGAUAAUUUGAAGAAAAAAGUUACUGAGUUGGAAGAAACUUCAAAAGAGCUCAACAGUUGUUUUUCAGCAAUAAAAAAAAACAGUUUCGAUUCAGACGCAGUAAAUUUGAGACGACAAUUGACUGAAGCUACAAAGAAAGCUGCCGAACUGGAGAGGGAGUUGAAGGAGAUGAAAUCAGCAAAGGCGUUGUCAGCUAUUGGGCAGGUCACAAUCACCUCCGCUCUUUCAUCUUCUAGCUCCAACAAUAAAUGCACCCAAUGUACCUCGUCAAAUAAUGAUAAGGCACCUCAAGAGUCACAAGAGCAGGUUGAGAAAUUGCAACGUUUUAUGAAAAAAUCUGCUGUUGAAUAUGCAAAGUUGUACCACAAAUUCUUGUUGGAGCGACAAAUGAGGUUGAAAAUGGGAGAUGCUAUCAAGACAGACCUCAAUCAAGAGCUGCCCUCAUCUCAAAAACCUGAUGUCUAAUUGGCUUCCUUACACAUAUUUCGACUUGAAGCCAUGAAACGUAUUUUAAUAGAGGAUUAUUAGUACCUGUUUCAGUGAAAUUGAUUAAAAGGUAGGCUGAAGGUAAAUCUAUUGUGAUGAAGAUAGCAUACUUUAUUUUGCAUUUUCUCGUCAUAAUUGAACGUCCAAACAUGAUUAGUUAUGUUGAACAGUGUCUGAAGGUAUUCUUCAUGAUAAAUGAAACUACUUUGAUGUGGACUUUUACUUUUUGUUACCAUAAAAAUGAUUCAUUCCUACACGGUAAAGCUACUUCUACUCUAUAAGAAGCUCUUCAGCAAAAUUCAAGUUUUCAAGAUACUGAAGGUUUCCAUAUGCUGUUAAGUCGGUGAUAAUGUCAAGGAAUUAGAAUUGUUUUAUUUGUUGAAAUAUCCAGCGAUCUUUCUUUGAUCCUUAAUGAUGUGACCCUUAUGCCUAAUCCACACGCAUUGGUUGACAUAUUGUGGAUGGUUGGCCUUCGCUCGACAAAAAUCGGUGCUAUUGCCAACGAAGGCCAAUGGAGAUUAGCGCUGGCAAACCACCCACCAAUACUGGCGCUGGUCGUCAUUUGUAUGAAUUGGGCCAACAUAUGGAUGCGGCAUUACAUGUGUACAGCCAAUCUAUAGUUUGUGUAAAAUAAGUGUUGAGACUUGGCCCUCCAUCUGAAGAAAUUACAAGGUUGCCAAUUCGUGUAAAAUUGCAACUUACUCAGAUUUCCAAUUCAACGUCAGAAUUGGAUGAUAUUCUACAUCCCCGAUAUCCUAGUAGCCUACAGCUAGGAUACCUAUAUACUCAAUCCCAUAAAUUGAGGCCAUCUCCGGAAAAAGGGUACAUAGGCCAAAAGUGUGUUUUGAGUAAAAUCAGUUCAAAAGUUUGUAAACCUUUAUAAUUUUAUGAAUCUAAACAUGCUAUCUGAUCCUGUAUUGGAAUUUAGAAAAUAUGCAUAAUAUAUGCACAUAUUAUUAUGUGCCCUUUUUCCGAAAAUCGUAUCUAUACUACAAUAAACAGAAAAAUACUAGAUAUUUUGUAAACAAAUUUUAUUUUCUGAAGUCGUGUUGUUUUAAUAGAGAUAUGAAAUAUUAUUCAGAAAUUGAAGAGCUAGAAUAUUAUUCUCUUCAUUGAACAAUUAUAGAAAAUUCUCAAUGUUCAUCAGAUCAUUACACUUAUAAUAUGAUGGCAUUCCGUUCAUUAAUCAUUGAUUCGAUCCAGUCAGCAUCGUCUUGUGUUAUGUAUUUAUACAAACUUCUGGUGUCCCUGAUUUUGUUAUCAUUCAGCUCCGGGAAGGGGACAGUUACAGGAUACACUUCUUUCAGAAUGUCAAUAUUUUUUUUAUUUAGAAACGUGAACGGUAUGUAGGUCGGUAAAUAGUUACUUGAGCAUACAAUACUCCCAUCAGGAUUGUAUUUCAACAUAACACACUUCAUGAUUUUGAAUUCGCGAUUUGCUGAAGAUGGUUUAGCUUUAAAUAGUGGUUUCAAGGCACUCUCCCAAUCUUUUAUUAUAGAUCUGUCUAUGAGUACAUCGAAAUAACAUGGAUUUGUUCUGCACAGAACAAUAGCCUCCAACCAAGGCCUAGCAGAACCAAUAACCUCUUUCUUUUUAACAAAAUUCCAUACUAAACCGAAGUUCCUGUCACACUGGGAGAAGGAAUGUCCUCUUACAGGAAACAACUGGAGCAUAGAAAUAUUAUUAAUUCUAGAAAACCAUGAGCAGUAUUUGAGAACGGUUGAAUUUCUAUUUUGACCUCCUGCAGAAUCAGACAUCAAAACCACUGUCUUAUCACCAGGGAACUUUUUAAUGCAUUUCUGCAAACAAUCAUGCAGAAAUCACAAACAAUCAGAAUGAAACAACAGAGUUGGCAUUUUUACUGGCUUGGGUCUCCAUGAAACAAUAAAAAUAUGAAGAAUCAUCAUUAUGAACAUGAAUGUUAAAACAGUAGAGCCACAAAAGUCUUUUAUAAAAUUGGCUGUUCACAUUGAUACGAGGCAUUGCAUAGUUUUGUCCAUAAUCAAAUUCUAGGACAAGAAUAGAAGGUUGAUCCCAAGCAUUUUUGAUGUAUCCAUGUUUUAAAACUAGACGCCUUUGAUAUUUCCUUUGAUGUAACAUAUACUCUGUUUUGCAAGGGUCAUUUGGGUCCCUACUUAACUUUUCUUUGCAUUCAGUACAGUAGUCACAAAUAAUGUCAGUCUUGGGCCUAGAAAAAGCAUAGUUGAACUUGGUUUUGAAUAGUCUGAAAUAGUGCUCAUACGACAAUUUCGACGGCUUAUCACUUUCUCUUCUGUAGAAUAUUUUAAACAUGUUGUAAAGUCUUUACACUUAGAUCACAAUUUUCAAAAUAGAUUUGAGACGUUUUAUGCUGGCAAUAAUAACUUUUAUCAUGUGGAAGAGAUUGAAGAUGGGCUUUCAUCAAUGGUAGAACACUCUCAUUUGGCUUCCGAGGACAGUUGUUAUGUGACCCACGUUUUUCAUUAAAGCUGUCACCAGACAAAAUCUCUGCCUGAAUAACUCUUAGUCUCUUUAUGGACACUUGAAAUAGAUUUAAUAUGAAUGUUUUACAAACCUUUUUUUUCAUUCCAACAACACUGCAUAGCUCAAAGUGUUUGAGCGUACUUUCUUUUAAUUAAGUUUAAAGUUUACAUUGUCAGAUGCUUCCAUACAGUUGGAAAGAAACACGUCUUGCAAAGAUUUUGUGUUAUUGAUAUUAUAAAAAUUAUCAUAUAGUUCAGUUUGUUUUUCAAGGGAAAUAUUUUCGUAGCAUUUGUCUCUGCAGCAUGAACUAACCAAGGUGAAUGUAGAACCGGCACCAGACUCUCUUUGUUUCUUGGCAUUGUCUUUUUUUCAUUUUUGUGUGAAUAAAUAUUUUUUUUUUCUUUCUUCCAAUAUCACUAUCUUCCAUAAUUAUGUAUCACACUAAUUAAAAACACGUUUUACGAACACUAACCUCAAACGCCAACAGCUACCAUACCAACUGACUAUCACCUGAAAAUGGGCUCCAGACAGCAGUGCAUAGAGAGACAACAGAAUUCAUAGAGUGCUCAGUUUUUGAGAUAAUGCAUUUUAACUUUUUGAGUCUACUAAAGAUAACAUGGCGAAUCGAUUGGAA